AUGGACACUGAGAUGAAUGAGCAAUACCAGGAGGACGAUGAUAAUAACCAACAAGAAGAGCUAGUUUGUGACCAGAAUAUGAUGGAUGAACAUAAUGAAUUCGAACAAGAUUUCGGAGAUGAAUUUACUGAGGGAGCAUAUUUUUCUGAAGCUGAUCGGUCAGAAGAUAUCCUUGAAGCUGCUUAUGCGGUUGACUCCGUGCAAGACAUUACAACUUUGAAUUUUAGUGAAAAUUUUGCGGAAGAAAUUGGUAAAGAUCACUUUUCUACUUUGCAGCUUGCAUUUGAUUUUUAUCUGAAGUACUCAAAGUCGAAGGGCUUUAGUGCAAGAAAGAGCAAGACCUUUAAGAAUAGUAUUGGCGAGAUUUACAAACAAAAAUUUGUAUGUUAUAGGCAAGGAUUCAGGGAGGAGAAAUAUUACACGAUGGAAAAAAGGAAGAAAGAGCCUAGAUUGAAAACAAGAACUGGGUGUGAAGCCCGAAUGGAUGUUAAAUUUGUACCAGAAACUGGAAGGUGGCAUAUCUUUUAUUUCUCUGACGAACACAACCAUGAUCUAUUGGAUACACAAUUCAGUGCUAUGUUGCCUACCCACAGAAAAAUGUCAGAGGCAGAUAUUAUGCAAAUGAUGAACAUGCUAAAGUCCGGGAUUAGUACUUCACAGAUAUUUCGUCUUCUAGCUAGUCAAGCAGGCGGGUAUGAAUUUGUUGGCUAUGGUCCCAGAGAUAUGUACAAUGAGAUUGCUCGGCAAAGGCGUCAAAUUCCUGGUGAUGCAGCACGAGUGUUGAAGAAGUUGGAGGAUAUGCGGUUGAAGGAUCCGCAAUUAUAUUUCAAGGCAUUGAUUCAAGAGCUCAUGUUUGCAAUGAAGGGUAAGACCCCGACCUCAAUAAUAACUGAUGGGGCCAUGGCGAUUAGGAAUGCAGUAAGAGAUGUAUUUCCUGAAGUCAGACAUAGAUUAUGCGCUUGGCACCUUAUUUGA